AUUUUAUUUAUUUAUUUAUUUUUUUUAAUAUUAAACUAAUAAUUUUGAUUAUUUAUAAUAUAGUGGAAGUAUCAUUAUAAUUGUCAGAAAAAAUCAUUUUCAAAAUUCAUUCAAUUCUUUGGGAUUACUCAAGAUCCAAAAAAUUCAAAUUACAUACUAGUAAUGAGUUAUGCAAAAAAAGGAGACUUAAGAAAAUGUUUAUCUGACAUGGUCAAACUUGAAUGGCAAUACAAAUUAUAAUUAUUAAAAAAUAUUAUUUUGGGGCUUAAAACGAUGCAUGUAUCAAAUCUUGUUCAUACAUUGUGAUCUUCAUGAUGGUAAUAUUUUAAUGUCAGAUAAUUAUGAAGCAUAUAUUAUUGAUUUAGGAUUAUGUAAGCCUAUAAAUGACUCACUACAGGCUGAAAAUGAAACAAACUAUGGAGUUUUACCUUAUAUGGCACCUGAAAUAUUAAAAAACGAUCCCUAUACUUCAGCAAGAGAUAUCUAUAGUUUCUCAAUGAUAAUGUGGGAAUUUACAUCAGGUGUUCCUCCGUUUAGUAACAAAGUAUAUGAUAAUUGUCAACUUAUUUUAGAUAUCUGUAAUGGGGAACGUCCUGAAAUUAUAAAAGGUACUCCAAAAUGUUAUAUAGAUUUAAUGAAAAAAUGUUGGGAUGGAAAGCCAGAAAAUAGACCAACUAUAGUAAGUCUUGAACAUAUUAUAACUCAAUGGUUUAGAAGUGUUAGCAAAUAUUAUGAAUUAAAUGAGGAAAAUGAUGAACACUUUGCAUAUAUGGAUGAUGAUAUAUUACAAUUUAGGAGCGAUAUAGAAGAAUUUGUAGAGGCUAAUAAGUCAUUAUUAUCACAAGAACAAACAAAUACUUACAUUGAACAAUCUCGUCCACAAUUAUCUAAUACAAGUCGCUCAUUUUAAAUUAUAUAUCAAACUUCACUUUCUAAAGAAGAAUCAGAAAAAUAUGAUAAUCUUAUGAUAUAAUAAAUCUCUACUCAUAAAUUACAAAUUCAUCCAAAUAUAGAUUCUAGUUUAUAUUUUAAAACUUUCUAAUUUUUCUUAAAACCUUUAAUUCAUUAUCUCAUAAUUAUCUAGUGAAAAUGUUGAAAAUUAACUACUAUUUGAUGCAUGGUCAAUUAAGGACAAAUCAGAAAUAAAUUCCACAGGAUCAAGUAGAGAAAGCUUUCAGAGUAGUUUGAUAUAGACAUAAACUUAGAUACUAGAUACUUUAGAGUGCUGAAUGAGGUAGCAGUAUAAUUGUAAAAGUUUUGUAAUUUGUUGAAUAAGCUAUCUAUUGUUUAUUUCCGUUUUUAUUAAACAAUUUAUUAUUUUGUAUUUAUCAUUAACAUUUU